AAACGAGAAGAAGAAGAACAAGGGCCAACUUGAUGGUCACCCAACUGCGCUUUAUUAAUUCAUUAUUUAGCUAAAAUAAUGCACAUAUACGCCCGCCCACAGCCGCCCUCCGCCGCCGCGAAUCGAAAAAUGUGAGUGAAAACAAUAACAAAGGUCUGUUGUUGUUUUUGCUGCUGCUGCUGCGCUGCGCUGGAACGAAAAAUAGAAAAUUUUAAAACGCACAAAGGAAAAUCUUCGUAGGAAAAACCACCAAGAUGUCGUGGUUUAAUCCCUGGGAUGGACUGAAGACGAAAAUGUGUCGCUACCUGCUGCAGCGAUAUUUGGGCCAGUUUUUCGAGAAUAAUUUGAACCUGGAGCAGCUGAAAGUGGAUCUCUAUAAUGGCAAGGCGGUGGUGGAGGAUAUAUUCUUGAAAGUUAAUGCCUUUAAUGAUCUCUUUGAGGAUCAGGGUUGGGCCUUCGAGGUGGUUUCCGGUCACAUAGGUCGUCUAACCGUCGUGGUGCCCUGGAAUGCUUUGAUGACAAAUGAUAGCAGCCUGGAGAUUCACAAUUUAACGAUCACAUUGCGACCAGUUACCCGCUUCCAGAGCGGCACCACCAUGCUGGAGUCCAUGUGGUCAUCCGUCUCCAGUUCCAUGCAAAUGGCCGAGGAGUGCAUGAAGCAGGUGGACGAUGAUGUGCCCUUUCUCAACCACAAUAACGCCUUGAUUGGCCUGGAAAAGUUUGCCGAAACCAUUGACAAUGUGCUUAAUCGGAUCAAGGCGAAGCUAACAAAUACUACACUCAAUAUAGAGUAUCUGCUGCCGAGAUCGGACAGGAAACUGGUGCUCUCCUUGCAGGCCAGCCAUGUGGAGUACAAGAACAAGACGGGCUACGAAAUGAUGUCUUCCAUGUCGCAGGAUCAGGAAAAUGAAGCUGAAAGGGAGGAUGUAGAUCCCAGUGGAGCAUUCAAUGCUUUGCCCAUGAUAGCCAAGCAUAAUUUGGUAAUCGAAGGACUUAGCCUGCACACCUCCGAGGUUCUGGAUGUGCUGGAUCAUCGCUUUGGACCCACUCCCUACGAGCAGCUCUGCAAGAUUGUGGAGCUCAAGGGGGCGCAGAAUAUACAGAUCAACAUCAAGCAAACGGAGAAUAUAGUGGGGCCAAAAGUCAAUCUAGAACUGAGCCUCGAUGACAUCUACUUUAUGAUCACCCCACGGCAGAUACACCUGCUCAUCGAGCUCUCCAAGGGCUUCAAUAGCGGCGGAGGAGGACAGCAGGAGCGACCCAAGAAAAGCAGGAGCUUAAAAUCAGCGGCAGGCAGCGAAUAUCAGCAGCAGGCUACCAGAAUGACGGGUAUCCUCGGCCAAAAUGCAACGGAUUGGUGCACUGGGUUGUCGGAACCCGAGCCCUCGGAAUAUUCCGUCUACGGAGGAGCCCCAAGAAGCGUUUACCCGCGCAGUCGCAAGAUGAGUGAGUCCAGCAACAGCAUGCUCACUUCCUGCACGAAUACCCUCCAGCAGGAGCUGGGCUACACGGAGAAAUCCGGCGAGAUACUCAAGUUCAAGGUUCAGAUAUCCAAGAUCUACGGUGUAGCUUUGCAUCAAGACAUUCUAAUUCAAAAUACAGCGAAUAUCGACAGCUGCAGCACUGUCUUUGAUCAGGCUAGCUAUCUACGCUACGCGGAAACUGCCAGUGGCUUCUUUUUGGCCACCCUGCUCGAUAAUCACAUGCCUUUGCCUCAGCAGCAGUAUCUCCUGCUGCGGGCGGCUCCUAUAAUCGUCGGUGGAAGCCAACAGCGCUACUUCCAGGAGCUCACCUCGCGGACUACGCUUUCUGCCACGGCGGUGGAUCUUUGCGAGGUGCUGGGCAGCUCCAUGGAGCACCUGCUGCAGUUCGAUCGGCAGCGCAACUGCCCGGAUGGCUAUCACAUUCGGCCGGAGAUCGUCAUCACGCAGAGCUCCUCGUUUAUGUUCAAGCAGAAUCACAAUCGUUGCAGUAACAAAAUUGAAUGCAGUUUGGAUGAGUGCACGGCGGAAUUGGAUAUCUCUAUAUACGAUCGAUUGGGAGCUCUCUUUGGCUGCUCACCUUUUUCCAGGGACUCUGCGAAUGCAGCCUCCUAUCCCGAAGAUCCCAGCCAAACGGAGUUUAGUGUAAAGUGCGAGAAUCUGAGGUUGCAUCUGCGAUUUCCCGUGGUGGAUGGCAGGGCAGCCAAUGAUCCGCAGAAGAUUCCCUGGUGGCAGAAGAAUGUGCGAAGAGAUUUCUUGGCCUUGGAGUUUCGCUGCCUAGCGAUCACCUGCCGUUCGCAAAUCAGCAUUGUUUCGGAUGAACUGGAUGCGUUCUACUGUGAUGCCGAUAAGCAGACGGCUGUGCAUCUGCUGAAGUGCCAGCAGAAACAGAAGAAGAUACAAAUUGAUAUAAUGCAGCUAAAGGAAACGACUAGUGAUUGCAGUCAGAAGAAACCCCUGAGAAAAUCCCCCUUUAGCUCAAAAUGUACCUUUGGCUACACUUCGCAUGUCGAGGGACUCGAUGGGGGAGUAGACAAGACGGAUUCCCUGCUGCCUGGAGAAACGGAGGAAAUCAAUGAGUUCUGCGAUAGUUGCACGCAGUCAUCCAAACUAAAAGUCUUUGUUUUUAUACCCCAGGUAAAAGUUGUGCUGGAAUCGAAGAGCAUGUACGAAUUGAUUUACAACCGGCUGAAUGGAGAUCUCUUCAUGUGGGAGCCACGUUCGCCGCAUUAUGACCGGAAUCCUGAAGAGGAAUCGGGAGAUCAGAAACACCUGGAUACGGAGCCUCAAUUGGAGGACUUCCGGAGGAACCUGCUGCUCAGCACGAGUGCCAUGGAGAGCAGCAUUUACUUUUCCAUGGCGGAGAAUCCAGUUUCUGCCGCACCAACAUCGCCACCCCUUCGCAAUGAAGCCUUCUCCUUCGAGCUUUUCGUAGAGCAGGGAAAUCUGAUACUCUUCUCCCAUUUACUGGAUUCCGAGACCAAUCUGCGCUCCACGGAAUGCGGCAAGUUCCAGGUGAACCUAAAGGAGCUGCGCUUGUUUACAGUCAAUGGUUUGGAUAACGAUGCGAAUCGCAGUUUCUUCUGCAUUCAACUGGGCGAAAUUGAGGCCCUGCAUUGCGGGAAUACCAUGCAGGAUUUGGAGCUGGCCUGGAGUGAUGCGAAAGAUGAGCAGCUGCUGCCCACCAUCUACAAUUUCCCAGUUGAUCAACAGGAAAAACAGGAGAGAAAAAGAGCAGAGGUUCUCUCUUUGGUGGCGGAGAUAAAGAAGCAACCGGAGCAGCGCAUCAAGAGGAUGAAAAUGUCCUUUGGAAUCAGCGGGGCCAUCCUGCAGCACCACUCCUGCCACUCGGAACACACGUGGCUGAAUCAACUGAUGGACUUUAUGGACGUUGCCGACUUUCCCAUCGAGGAGUAUGAACCUUUUGCUUUGGUUUCUGAAUUGCAACUGCAUGUGUGGAAUGCGGGGAUUGAUUAUCGCCCGAAAUUCUUCCCCCAGCGCGCUUUUCUUGAUUUGGGCUACUGCACUUUGAGCAGCAAUAUCAUCUCCUCCAUGAGUGGCUGCACUUUGCGCCUCCUCGCCGAGGAUUGUGUGCUUCACCUCGGCUUAAUUAGCGAUUCAAGCGAUGCUUUGAUACCUGUUUUAAAUCUGGGACUGCUGAAUAUAUCCUUUAGGCUGAAUGGGGAAGGCAGUGGACAGCCGCGCGUGGAUCUGCGCUCCUCUAUACACGACAUGCACCUGAAAACCUGCUACGAUUCCGCUGCUGCUUUGGCUCAACUGAUAGCCUAUAUAGCCAACGAUCGGGACUUAAGUCCGCCCGAGGAGCCUGUCUUAAAUGAGGAAACCAAGCAGGCAGAACCCAAAACCAACGAGGAGCAGGAAAUAAACGAUCAAACGCAGAAUCAUGUGAGCAAACUGAUGGCCGAGGCGGUGAUGGAUGUUAAAAGUUCGCCACCCAAGGCUGUUAAAACUCCGGGAAGCCGAGAGGAAGGCAUCGAGAUCUUUUACUUUCCAGAUGAACCCAAGGAGAAGAGGAAAGCCACGCCUGUCAAGCUACAAAGUAAAUCUUUGAUGGUUGAAAGCCCUUCGGUAAUUGGUGAUAUCCUAGACUUUGAAUCGAAUGUGAUACUGCAGUCUUACUAUCAACAAAGUCAAAUUGAACCGCAAACCUCACUUAACUCCCAGGUGCAGCAGGAACUGGGUUCAUUAGGAGGAGUUGCCAUGGAGGAGCGCGACUUUGACAUUAUCCGCGACGAGGAGAUUUCGCGCAUGGACAAGUUUGGCAUCAAGCAGAUCUACAUCUCCGACGAUCCCCUGCAGAUUGUCGACAAUCACUUUGAGCUGCCGCACGAGAAGGUGGAUCUGCUGAGGCCCCCAGCUAAUUUUCCCCUCGCCGAGAGCAGUUACACCCUCUGCGAGAUGACCUUUACUUGGCAUCUCUACGGGGGCAGAGAUUUCCCUGAGGAACCUUUGAAGAAAUCGGGAUCUUCCGCCGCCUCCAGCGGUUUUGGCAUGUCGGAUACGUACAAAUAUGGAGUGUCGCAGCCGCAGGAGCAAAAGAAAAGCCUGGCCAAGCAGCCCAGGGGUUCCAAACGUAACCUAGAGGUUCUGGUUGAGAUGCAGCUCUCCAAGAUUCGUUUCUCCUACGAAAUUUACCCGCUGACCUCCAUGUACUCCUCGCGCCAGGUGCUCCUCGUCGCGGAGAUCGAAAUCAGGGAUCGCCUGCGCUCCUCGGACAUUAAUAAGUUUUUGUACCACCCAACGGGCAGUAGUUUCUCCCACAAACCGGAUGAGAACAUGGUGAUUGUGAAGGCUUUGAAUGUGCGGCCCAAUCCGCAGAAGAGCUCAGCGGAGGAGUGCUCUUUGAGGGUCUCCAUACUGCCCAUAAAGCUGAAUAUCGAUCAGGAUACGUUGCUUUUCCUAGAGGACUUCUUUUCGGGCAUGUUCAGAAAUUCCAGCAGUGCUACUAGUGGUAGCAAACCGGAGGGCAGUGGCUCCUCCUCCGCUGAAAUGCCUGUGAUGUCGGUUAACAAACUUCCAGAGGAGGAGGAGGAUCAUCUAGCCGAUUCAGAGGUCAAGGAGAUGGUGGAGCGCAAUCUUAACGUGCUAAUCGAGGAAAUCGAACUGGAGGAGGAUCCGGUUACAGCGCCGCCCGUCUUCUUCCGCGAGGUCAUCUUCAGUCCGGCGCUGCCCAUUUGCUUCGACUAUCAUGGCCGGCGGAUUGAGCUCUCGCGUGGACCAGUAACUGGCUUAAUUAUGGGCCUGGCUCAGCUUCAAGGAUCGGGAAUAAAUCUAAGAGAAAUUGUCAAUCGUCGCGGCAUCCUUGGAUGGAGCAAGCUCUGCGAGUUUCUGGCCAAGGAGUGGCUGAAGGACAUCAAGCGGAAUCAGUUGCCCAAUAUCCUGAGCGGCAUUGGACCCACGAAUGCAGUGCUGCAACUUUUCCAGGGCGUCUACGAUUUGUUCCGCCUGCCCAUUGAGCAGUACAACAAGGAUGGAAGGAUAAUCCGCGGAUUCCAGCUGGGAGCACAGAGUUUUACGGCACGAACGGCACUGGCUGCGCUGGAGAUUACGUCCAGGAUCAUUCACCUGCUGCAGUUUACGGCGGAGACCACUUUCGAUAUGCUGUCCGCUGGUCCGUCGAUGAAGAAGCGAAAGGGUGGAAGGCAGGGAAAGCAGAGGAGACGACGACAGGGGCGUCCCAAGGAUCUGCGCGAGGGCGUGGCCAACGCCUAUACGAUUGUAAGGGAAGGGAUCAACGAAUCGGCCAACACACUCAUCGAAGCGGCCAUCACGGAGCACGACCAGAAGGGCUACAGUGGAGCAGUGGGCGCGGUGGUGCGUCAGAUACCCCAACUGGUCGUCUGUCCCGCUGUGCUGGCCACCCAGGCAACCACGAAUAUCCUCGGCGGCGCCAAGAGCUCGCUGGUGCCGGAGGCAAAGCUGGAGGCGCGCGACAAGUGGAAGCAGGAGAUCCACUAGAGGAUAACCAAUAUCGAUUAGGUUUACGGUAGCUUUAGUUCACGGGGCUUACGAGCGCGUAACAUAAUGUUUUCUAUUGUUCUUUUUGCUAAUAACAAAACAAUGUACAUAAGUAAGGAGCACUGGAGGCACAAGGAGACGAGACAGAGACGAGGGAUUCGGAAUUCGGAACUCGGAAUCCCGAACGGUGAUUCCGCAUUGGGUGUGAUUCAACUUAUCCUUUUUAGCCAUAUUUUACAAGUACAUCAAAGUUAUAUUUUUUAUUAUUUUACCUGAAUAAAAGU